AGCCGAUAUUUCUAACCCUUCUCUCUUGCUGAAUAUUUACAUAGGUAUAUGCAGUAUAUAUUUGGAACAAACGCUGUCAAGCUAGAAUACAUACUUACACACAUAGACACGCACACACAUAUAUAUAUAUAUAUAUAUAUAUAAAUAUAUAUACAUAUACAUACAUAAUAUAUAUACAUAUAUGCUAUACCAUAUACACACAUUUUGUCUUUUGUAUACGUUCUAGUUUUGUCAUAAUAUAGCUACAUAUUAACAACAUGUCACAUUUCGGUCGCUUUUUCCGUGUGUCCACCUUUGGUGAAUCACACUGCAAAGCUGUCGGAUGUAUAGUAGAUGGCGUACCGCCCCAAAUGGAAUUGAGUGAGGCCGAUAUCCAGACUCAACUCACACGGAGACGUCCAGGACAGAGUGACCUAACCACGCCCCGAAACGAGGCGGAUGCAGUGUCCAUUAUGUCUGGAUGUGAGCGUGGAUACACACUAGGUACACCUAUUUGCAUGAUUGUACACAACAACGACCAGCGACCCGGUGAUUACAAGGAGAUGAGCGAUGUACCUAGGCCAUCGCACGCAGAUUUUACAUACCAAGAAAAGUAUGGUAUUAGAGCAACCAGCGGCGGGGGCCGAUCGUCUGCACGGGAAACUAUAGGGCGUGUUGCUGCUGCUGGUAUAGCCGAGAAAUGGCUCAAGUUGAUGUACGGUAUCGAGAUAGUAGCGUAUGUAAGCGCUGUAGGACCUAUUAAGAUGAAUGAGAGCGACGAGACUUUCAAGAAUAUCACGCGCGCUGAUGUGGACAAGACGAUGCUGAGGUGUCCUGACGCUACUGUUACAGAGGAAAUGUCUACGCUAAUCCGGAAGUGUGCCGAUGAGCACGACUCUGUGGGAGGUGUGGUGUCCUGUGUCGUCAGGGGUGUGCCGACCGGCUGGGGUGAGCCAUGUUUCGAUAAGCUUGAAGCUUUGCUCGCGCACGCCAUGUUGUCAAUCCCAGCAACAAAGGGUUUCGAGAUUGGGUCUGGAUUUGAGGGCGCUAAGCAAAAUGGUAGUGUACAUAAUGAUCCCUUCGUCAAAUUAGGUAACGGUAAAGUCGGCACUUCGACCAAUAACUCAGGAGGUGUGCAGGGCGGUAUUUCCAACGGUAUGCCCAUCAAUGUAAGAGUAGCAUUCAAGCCUCCGGCCACCAUCAGUCGCGAACAAACUACGUGUACAUUCGAUGGAACGGAUUCUAGUCUCGCAGCGAAGGGUAGACACGACCCGUGUGUGGUGCCCAGGGCUGUGCCGAUUGUCGAGGCAAUGGCAGCUUUGGUUCUGGCAGACGUUGCCAUGAGUCAACUAGCCAGACAUGCGGGCUUGGUUCCGCCAAGUUCACUGCCUACGACCUCAAACGCGGAAGGGCCGGCUGUCGGUCAACACUACUGCAAAAAGCGCAAGAUUGAAAACCCUGCUGAGCCAGAACACUGAGAGGGAUAUUGACUGAUACAAUGGAAAAGAACACGGAAAGAUAGUAGUAUCCAUAGCCUAAUUUUAACAAAGACAGUGGUGUUGGAGUAGAAGACUGCAGACCGACUGAAAUCAUAAAAAGUACCUGUAUGAAACCCGCUCCGCAAAAAAAAUUAUUUCUCAAACCG